CUCCGCCCAGGUGUGCCUGACCGCCUUGCGCGUGCGCGGAGUGGCGGCAGCGGCGGCGGCUCGCGCGCUGCUCGGGUUGCCGAGGCUAUGGGGCUGAGUCGGGUCCGCGCGGUCUUCUUUGACCUGGACAACACACUCAUCGACACGGCCGGGGCGAGCAGGAGAGGCAUGUUGGAGGUAAUAAAACUCUUACAAUCAAAAUACCACUACAAAGAAGAGGCCGAAAUCAUCUGUGAUAAAGUUCAAGUUAAACUGAGCACGGAGUGCUUCCAUCCCUACAGCACAUGCAUCACAGAUGUGAGGACUGCACACUGGGAGGACGCAAUCAAGGAAACCAAAGGAGGUGCCGACAGUAGGAAAGUGGCGGAGGAGUGUUAUUUCCUCUGGAAAUCUACACGCUUACAGCACAUGACCCUAGCAGAAGAUGUCAAAGCCAUGCUCACUGAACUUCGAAAAGAGGUCCGCCUGCUCCUGUUAACAAAUGGUGACAGACAGACACAGAGGGAAAAGAUUGAGGCCUGCGCCUGCCAGUCUUACUUUGAUGCCAUUGUUAUAGGAGGAGAACAGAAGGAAGAGAAACCAGCACCUUCCAUAUUUUAUCACUGCUGUGAUCUUCUUGGAGUGCAGCCAGGGGACUGUGUGAUGGUUGGUGACACACUAGAAACCGAUAUACAAGGAGGCCUCAAUGCAGGACUGAAAGCCACGGUCUGGAUAAACAAGAGUGGAAGAGUGCCGCUGACGUCAUCCCCCAUGCCUCACUACAUGGUUUCCUCUGUGUUAGAGUUACCUGCUCUCCUGCAAAGCAUAGAUUGCAAAGUCAGCAUGUCUGUGUAAAUACAGAAGAGCAGUGACCAUGUUCAGAGCCAGUUUCCAGGAUUAGAACUAAGGAAAGCUAAGGGGUUCCUGUAUAUUUGGUUUAAUUCUAAGAAUAAUGUGAGUGAGGAAUUCAUAGUCAAGCUGUGAAGACCCUCCCAACCCUGCUGCUGUUGAUAACCAUAGGCUUAUAUUCUUAUCCGAAAUCCAGGUUUUAAUCGUGUAGUCCAGAAAACUUGAAGAAAGGCAGAAUAGCGUAUAUGAUGACAUACAGGUACUGGUUUCUAGAGUAGAAAUUGAUUUAAAAAAAAAUAGAUAUUCUAAAAUAGAGAUUCAGGCAGCCGAAUCGGAUCAAUAUAAGUACUAAAUCACACAAAUCAAGACAUUUCAUAGUGAAAUUUUGCAUAUUUUAGGCAAAUUUUUGUUAUAAAUAUUGUGCCUACUUUCAAUGUAUAUGUUCUUAAUCUAUUAUCUAAUUUUUCUGCAUGACUUUUGGAGGUCUGAAUUUUCUGUGGUGUGAACAUGACAUUGUUAUAGUUUGGGGAAAAACUAUUAAAAAUCAAACCGUGGUGCUUUUUUCCACCAUUUUCAUACUUUUAGAGUGAUCUUGUGGCUCCUAAAGAGUGAAGACUACUUUUUCUCCAGUACACAGUGGAAAGGAUUGGACAUUUUGCUUAAGUUAAGUGCUGGCCAUGUGGCAAUAAAAGUCAUUUUGUUCCUUU